AUGGACUACGAAGCACUCAAGGAGCAGUGGAGCGAAGUGGAGGACCGUGAUGGCGUGCGCCUGAGCUGGAACGUAUUCCCCAGCUCGCGCAUGGAAGCCUCGAGACUCGUCGUACCCAUUGGCGCCCUGUACACGCCCUUGAAGGAGAAGCCAGAUACACCGCUGUUGCAGUUCGAGCCUGUAACGUGCAAGCAGCCUUGCCGAGCUGUACUGAAUCCCUUCUGCCAAGUCGACGUUCGCGCCCGGGUCUGGAUUUGCCCUUUCUGCCUCUCGAGGAACCAGCUUCCCCCCCACUACAAAGACAUUACGGCCAAUGCUAUCCCUCCCGAACUCCAUCCAGCCAACACCACGAUUGAGUAUCGACUGUCUCGACCUGCUCCCGCACCGCCGAUUUUCCUCUAUGUCGUCGAUUUGUGCCAGGAGGAUGAUGCUCUCGCGUCUCUGAAAGAGUCACUUGUCAUGAGCUUGAGCCUGCUUCCAGAGAACGCCCUCGUUGGCCUCAUUACCUUUGGGACGAUGGCCCAAGUACACGAGAUUGGCUAUGAGGGGUGUGCCAAGUCCUACGUCUUCCGGGGAAGCAAGGACUACUCAGCCAAACAGGUUCAAGAGAUGCUAGGCCUCACGUCCACAGGCAUGCGCCCAGGCAUGCAGCCCCAACCGGGACGCCAGAUGCCCAUGGGCCCGGCAGCGCGAUUUCUCCUGCCCGUACAGCAGGCUGAGUUCCAGCUCACCAAGGCACUGGAGACUCUUCAAAAGGACCCUUGGCCCACGGCCAACGACCGGCGCAGCCUGCGUUGCACCGGUGUGGCCCUGAGUGUGGCAGUCGGUCUAAUGGAAUCAUCCUUCCAGAAUGCCGGAGGCCGCAUCAUGUUGUUCGCCGGAGGCCCCGCUACCGAAGGUCCAGGCAUGGUUGUAGGACCCGAGCUCAGAGAGCCCAUUCGUUCCCAUCACGACAUCGACCGAGAUAAUGUGAAAUAUUACAAGAAGGCGUUGAAAUUUUAUGACAACCUGGCGAAGCGUACAGCUCAUAAUGGCCACGUCAUAGACAUAUUCGCUGGCUGCCUGGACCAGGUUGGCCUCCUGGAGAUGAAGGGCCUCUGCAACUCGACAGGCGGACACAUGAUCCUGACCGACAGCUUCACAGCUUCCAUGUUCAGACAGUCCUUCAUUCGAGUGUUUGAGAAGGACGGUGACGACAAUCUUCUCAUGGGGUUCAACGCCGUGCUCGAAGUACUCACUACUAAGGAGCUCAAGGUCACCGGGCUCAUCGGGCACGCGGUGUCUCUCAACAAAAAAUCUGUCUCGGUUGGUGAAACGGAAUGCGGCAUCGGGAAUACGUGCUCUUGGAAGAUGUGCGGUAUUGAUCCGAAGGCCAGCUAUGGCAUCUAUUUCGAGGUCGCCAGCCAGGGGCCCGUGUCCCACCAGCAAGCCCCUCAGAAAGGUAUGAUGCAAUUCCUGACGUACUACCAACACUCUUCGGGUCAGUUCCACCUGCGCGUGACGACGGUGGCCCGAAAUCUCAGCGGUCCAGCCGGCGACCCAGCGAUCGCGCAGUCCUUCGAUCAAGAGGCAGCUGCAGUCCUCAUGUCCAGGAUAGCGGUCUUCAAAUCCGAAGUCGAUGACGGCCCAGACGUGCUGCGAUGGGUAGACAGGAUGCUCAUCCGCCUCUGCUCGCGAUUUGCCGACUAUCGAAAGGAUGACCCUUCGUCUUUCCGAUUGGAGAAGAACUUCACACUCUAUCCCCAGUUCAUGUUCCACUUGCGUCGAAGCCAAUUUUUGCAGGUUUUCAACAACUCUCCUGACGAGACGGCCUUCGAUCGGCACGUGCUGAAUCACGAAGACGUGAGCAAUUCGCUCGUCAUGAUUCAGCCCACCCUCGACUCCUACACGUUCGAUCAAGACGGUGGCGUUCCUGUCUUACUGGAUUCCGCUUCCAUCCAGCCAACCCACAUUCUGCUGUUAGACACCUUCUUCCAUAUUCUCAUCUUUCACGGUGAGACGAUUGCCGAAUGGCGUAAGGCCGGAUAUCAGGAUCAGGAAGGCUACGAGAAUUUUGCGGCGUUGUUGGAGCAACCGAAGGAAGAUGCCAGGGAUCUCAUUACGGACCGCUUCCCGCUGCCUCGCUUUGUCGUAUGCGAUGCUGGCGGCUCUCAAGCCCGGUUCCUGCUGUCCAAGCUGAAUCCAUCUACGACCCACACGACAGGCCCGUACGGCGGCACUGGAGCGACGUCCGCCCAGACCAUCUUCACAGACGAUGUUUCGCUGCAGACCUUCAUGGACCAUUUGAUGAAGCUUGCUGUGAGUGCUCCCAAGUUCGACCCCAACGAGAUCAAGAUCAUCCACCUCCGUGCCACUGGCGGUGAGGUGGGUGCCUCUUCGGCUCUCGCUCCCAAGAUCGGCCCUCUGGGUUUGUCGCCCAAGAAGGUUGGUGAGGACAUCGCGAAGGCUACUGGCGACUGGAAAGGCUUGCGCGUGACCGUCAAGCUCACCAUCCAGAACCGUCAGGCGGCUGUCUCUGUCGUCCCGACUGCUUCCUCCCUUAUCAUCAAGGCGCUGAAGGAGCCCCCUCGCGACCGGAAGAAGGAGAAGAACAUCAAGCACAACAAGUCUGUCAGCCUCGACGAGAUCAUCGAGAUUGCCCGCACCAUGCGCUACAAGUCCUUUUCCAAGGAGCUCAAGGGCACCGUGAAGGAGAUCCUCGGCACCGCUUACAGUGUCGGUUGCCAGGUCGACGGCAAGGCGCCCAAGGUCAUCAUUGAGGGCAUCGACAGCGGAGACAUUGACAUCCCGGAGGAAUAG